AUGUCACGAAGGGUUGUUUCUAUGGAUCAAUACGAAGCCUGUGGUCUCCUCAUGGAGCGAGCUGCGUCUUUAGUCUCUGGUAAUGAGAGUCGCCUGCACCUACUAGUUGUUCGUGAGAGCAAUUAUCGUGUCCGACUCAUCAGGAGAAUAGAGUCCGACAACGAGACUGAAAAUGACACACAGAUAGAGUCUGACAACGAGACUGACUCACACAAAGAGUCUGACAACGAGACUGACUCACAGAAAGAGUCUGACAUCAUAGAGUCUGACAACGAGACUGAAAAUGACACACAGAUAGAGUCUGACAACGAGACUGACUCACAGAAAGAGUCUGACAACGAGACUGACUCACAGAUAGAGUCUGACAACGAGACUGAGUCUGACCCAAAGAUAGAGACUGACUCACAGAUAGAUACUGACUCGCAGAUAGAGUCUGACAACGAGACUGACUCACAGAAAGAGUCUGACAACGAGACUGACUCACAGAUAGAGUCUGACAACGAGACUGAGUCUGUAACACAGAUAGAGACUGACUCACAGAUAGAUACUGACUCGCAGAUAGAGUCUGACAACGAGACUGAAUCACAGAAAGAGUCUGACAACGAGACUGACUCACAGAUAGAGUCUGACAACGAGACUGAGUCUGACACACAGAUAGAGUCUGACAACGAGACUGAGUCUGACACACAGAUAGAGACUGACUCACAGAUAGAUACUGACUCGCAGAUAGAGUCCGACAACGAGACUGACUCACAGAAAGAGUCUGACAACGAGACUGACUCACAGAUAGAGUCUGACAACGAGACUGAGACUGACACACAGAUAGAGACUGACACACAGAUUGAUACUGACUCGCAGAUAGAGUCUGACAACGAGACUGAGACUGACACACAGAUAGAGACUGACACACAGAUUGAUACUGACACACAGAUAGAGUUUGACAACGAGACUGACACUGACACAGAGAUUGAGUUUAGCACAAAGACCUACAUGCACAAUGAGUCACUUCCCAUAACUGCCCGCAGCGUGAACAGAACACGUCUGUAG